AUCUGAAAAGCAAAGGUGUAUUUCUCCAGCAGGAUUUCAAGGGGAAGAGCCUGUCUGCCAGACUACAGUGAAGCACCCUCCAGGCUCGACGCACACAGACAUAUUCCCCUGGAUCAGUGACACUGCUAGUUAGUCUUGCUCUUGCUGAGAAGGCUCCCACACAACUUCAACCAUGAAUUUCCUCCGAAGGCGUCUCUCAGACAGUAGUUUUGUGGCAAAUUUGCCCAAUGGCUACAUGAUGGACCUGCAGCGCCCUGACAACUCCACCAGCUCUCCAGUUUCUCCUGCCAUGGAGAGAAAGCACCCGCAGCCACCGCAGCCAUCCCACUCUUCCUCUCCUGGCACCAGCAUCUUCAGCUCCAUCUCUAGCGCCAUGAAGCAAACCACACAAGCUGCUGCAGGACUAAUCGACCAUUCGGCCAGCCCCACACCACCCGUGGCCCAGAAACCAAAGAUCCUCUUGGUGAUCGAUGAUGCACACACAGACUGGGCCAAAUACUUCCAGGGGAAGAAGGUGAAUGGAGAAUUUGAUAUCCGAGUGGAACAGGCUGAGUUCUCCGAGUUGAACCUGGCUGCUUAUGUCACUGGCGGCUGCAUGGUGGACAUGCAGGUCACGAGGAACAGCACCAAGGUGGUAAGGUCCUUCAAGCCUGACUUUGCUCUGAUCCGGCAGCACCCCUACAGCAUGGCGCUAGGGGAGGACUUCCGCAGCCUCAUCAUUGGCCUCCAGUACGGUGGCAUCCACACGGUCAACUCCCUCUACUCCAUCUACAACUUCUGCAGCAAGCCCUGGGUGUUCUCUCAGCUCAUUAAAAUCUUCAACUCUCUGGGUCCUGAGAAGUUCCCCCUUGUGGAGCAAACGUUCUUCCCAAGCCAUAAGCAGAUGGUCACAACCCCGAAUUUCCCCGUAGUCGUCAAGCUGGGGCAUGCUCAUGCUGGAAUGGGGAAGGUCAAAGUUGAGAACCAACAUGAUUUCCGAGACAUGGCUAGCAUAGUAGCCAUGGCAAAAACCUACGCCACGAGCGAGCCAUUCAUCGACUCCAAGUAUGACAUCCGGAUCCAGAAAAUCGGCAACAAUUACAAGGCUUACAUGAGGACGUCCAUCUCUGGAAACUGGAAGGCAAACACAGGUUCUGCCAUGCUAGAGCAGAUUGCAAUGACAGAGAGGUACAGACUCUGGGCGGACGCCUGCGCAGAGAUGUUUGGAGGUCUUGAUAUUUGCGCUGUCAAAGCUGUCCACAGCAAAGAUGGAAAAGACUAUAUCAUUGAGGUGAUGGACAGCUCAAUGCCUCUGAUCGGGGAGCAUGUGGAAGAGGACAGGCAGCUUAUAGCAGAUCUGGUUGUUUCCAAAAUGAGUCAGCUUGUCAUAGCUGCUGGAUCUACCCCAUCACCGCUGAGGCCUUGGCCUCCACAAGGUCAGCCUCAGCCAGUGAAAUCUCAGCCUGGACCUCAGCUUGGACAACUGUCCCAACCACGGCCACCUCCACAAGGCGGACCACGUCAGCCUCAGGUAUCCCAGCCUCCGCGGACGGCCGCCCCGCCGCAGCAACGGCUUUCUCCGCAGGGACAACAGCCCCAGAGUCCCCAGUCCACUUCACCUCAGCAACAACGGUCGCCGGGGUCUCCGCAGCAAGUCCGGGCGGCCACCGGCUCCUCGCCAGUGCAGGCUGCCAAGCCAGGUGUCUUUCCACCACAGCAGCCUAGACCUCCUGCCCAAGGCCGGGCCCCGAGCCAGCCAAGCCCCACGGACGUGUCCAAGCAGCAGGCCGCUCCACAGCCACAUCUGAACAAAUCACAGUCCCUGACAAACACCUUCAGCAUAGCCGAACCACCCCAGCGGGGAAAUGCUACCGAAGAUGAAGCAAAGGCUGAGACCAUCCGCAACCUGAGGAAAUCGUUUGCRAGCCUGUUUUCCGAUUAACCGCCUUGCAGCCAGAUUUCUGCUUCUGUCAGCCCUCACUCUUCAUAUCAGCCUGUCCUGAUGUCACCCUGGAAUAUACCCAAUGGUACCUAGCAAUUCGCACAGAGAUUUCAACAAAUGUGUCGGUAAAGGGAAUUUAGAAACCUAUGGUUGUUUUAAUUUAAAAAAAAAAAAAGGGAGGGAAUACUAGUAAUGGUCUGAAAAGUGGCUGUGUAGAAGUGGCACUAUUUCAUUGUUCUUUGUGAAUACUAAGAAUCGCAUCUGCUCGUAUGACUGAGUUGUAAAGCAAAUUUUACUCCUGCUAACCCCCAUGGAGUGAACACGGUUCUGACAGUGCAAACUAGAUUUUAUUUUACUUGUAUAUAGUCAAUACAAUUGUUAACGUGCAAUUACAGAGCCCUUGUUGAGGCUGAGCUAGAAAGAACAUAGGCUGAUUUCAGAAACAGAUUGCAAAGAUGAUAAUAAGCAUUCAGUGACUGAUAAAGUGAGCAUGCCUGAGCAUGCAAACAGYGAGAAUUAUGGAACUUCGUGAUACCAGCUUGAUAAAAAGUCACUUUUCAGAGCAAAAAUACAUUCAAAUAGUAUGUGGAACCAGGCGUCAGUAAACGCCAAGGAUCACAUAAGCAGAGCAUGCGGAUGGACUGCAUGUCUGCUCCAGUUCUCUCUCUUCAUAGCUGUUAAAAUGUCUCUGUUUCAUGCCUUGUAUUUAUGUUCCCUGCAUGUGAUUCUUGAGUUCUGAGAGAAUAAUGCUAUGUUCUAACCCUGGAGCCCUAGCUCAAAAACUAUCUGAGAAAUGAACCUUCCACACACAAAAUCUCUUUCCCUGCCCCCAGAAUCACCACUGAGUUCACAUCCACAGUUCACACAAAUUCCAGAUAAACCCAGCUAAACUCCAAGUACUUCGGUGACUUGGUCACAUCUGGUAAACACGUCCCCCAGGAACACACACAAUUAGGAGCAGAGCUGAUGAAGUGCACGUGCUCGGGUGCUGAGUGUUCCAUAAUACUGAUGGAGAGAGGGAUGGAAUGAAAUCCUGUCUCCCUCCCUGAACUCCUGCUGGCUUCACUGGGGUGAGUACAAGAUGAAUGCAAGGUGACAGAGCCAUGACAAAGCCGGAAAACUCACAUUUAGAAAUGAGAUGAACCAGGGUAGAUCCAAUGACUCCAGGCAACGGGAAGGCAACAUAUCCAUAUAAACACACCGGCGUGUGCGUAGCUUACAGUGGGAGGUCAUGCAAAGCAAAUAAUGAUCUGUAUUAGAUGUCCUUCCUCACCUACUACAGGGAUUAUUCUUCUGGAGAAGUCAGAGAUGAAAGAAAAACUAUUUCUUUAUCUGGUGUAUUUCUUGCAAGCCUCCGAUACAGAAAGAAGUAGCAUUUGAGCACAAAUGGGGACUAGGUCUCCAUUUUCGGUUUGCAAUUUUAAAAACUUGGUGUAAAUCAAUAAAGUGAUGGAUAUUUCUAUCAGUGGAAAGAAUCUACCUCUUGAACCAUGGUAGAUCUGUUUAUAACACAGCUAAUGAAAAUACCAGUUCCAUUUCCCAUCUGGCAGACAAGAGGCAGGUCUCUAAGGGGGAGGCUGGCAAGCCUCAGUUUUUCCUCAGGCUUUUCCAUGUAGUUUAGUCACAAACUAAAGUGCGUGCAGCUUCAAGGCCCAACCUGGAGCUUGUCAUCUCCCUUUGCAACUCCCUUGGGAGUACCAACGGAACAAAGUUAAAGCAACUUUCCAGCCAACAGCACAGACCUUUGCUGUCACUUUGAUGGGGAGAUGCCCAAAGAAGCAGCAGCAACAAGAAGACUUGCCAUCCUGGACUUCACAGAUCAUGGUGGGAAUGAAGCCAAACUAGCAAUUUCUUUCUGCACAGCCUGUAAUGAACAUCUAGGUCCAAUGUGGACAGAGCAUAAUCUAUCCCCGAACAGGUCAUCACACAUAAAACAGCUUUGCGACCUGUGCACUCCCAGGCAAGAAACUUCAUAGCUUUUCCAGACUGGAAGGCUCUUGAGGGACUCACCUGGAUCAGUGAUUUAUAUCUCGAAUUAAAGAACCAAAUUAAAGAACCACCUUAUUCCCUGAUGAUUUAUUUUUUUUUAGUCUGUGCUGUCCUUCCAGGCUUACUAAGCAGUUUAUGAUGUAGCAUCAUAAAUACAUGCCAUUGUAUGAGAAAGAAAACAGACCCUGCUGUUUUGCAAUCUCCAGGAGCAAUAAAAGAGUGACAAAUGGCCUUGAGCAAACACUGUCCCACUGGCAGGAACAAUAGCAGAUUAACAGGCUCCACUAUGUGCAGAGGAGGUAAUACAACCCUGGUGGGAGAGGAUUUCCUUCUGUAACACUUCCCUCAGCAUAGCGUAUCCCUUUCUCUGCUAAAUGCUUGCAGGAUACACUAGGGAUUCACCAACCUCCAAAUCUUACGUAUCUCUUCCUAAUGCAAUCCAUAAAUAAAUAAAUAAAGAUUAGCUUGGCAUGGCUGUUUAAAGCCACCCCAAUCAAUGCUGGAGAGCCCAGCGCCUGGCUCACUUGCAGAUGCUGCAGCUGCCUCGGGCUCUCCUCCAGCUGACCCGUGCAACAGGRCAGCACCGCUGACGUGAUGCCCAGCAGCGACUCACAGCUCCUCARUCCUGCACUGGAGCCUACAGCUCCGGCUGUCGUCCUUCCAGGAGCAAGCAAACAGGAUGACCUCUCCCCUCCUGCCAGCUCAGGCUUCCAAAAAUAAGUAAAAUCCACUAUCAACUCAACUUGGCUACUCCUGUAGUUCCCRAAAGCAUCUUUAGUUCUGUCCACAGAAAUGCUUUAAUGAACACCCUGAACUGAAUCCCUAAGUCAAGAUGAUGAAACUCCCUGAAGGGUCUGACGUUGGUGAAAACAUGUUYGAACAGUACAACAACUUCAGUCUAUACCUACGAGCUCCACACACUGUAUAUUUCAGCUAACAGGAGAUGCACAAAUGCAACAUCUGCUGCUCGCGUUAUUGUCUUUGAUGCAGACUUCUUUUUCCAAAACCCCUGCAAUCUAAUAAAGCAAAAGGGGGGACUACAAAAGGUAUAGACUCCAUUUUAUGAAAGAGGAACAUAUCCAUAAGGUAUUUAAGUACCAAAAUAUAUCAUUUGGAGUUAGGUGGGRCAGUAAGGGGGCAACAGAGAAGCUGGUGAGUAGAAAUUGCAAUUAAAACACAGUGCAGAGAUGCUCCGUGGCAGGUCUCAGGGUUGUUGUUCCAUAGCUCUCAAAAUCACACACCUGGUCAGAGCACCGGCUUUCUCUUUGUUCUGCAUGAUCAAAUCUUCUUCACGUGGAGACCAGGAGACACCAACGGAGGAGCGUAUUACAAUCCGGCCCAAGGAGCUGGGGCACAAGCUGAGAUACCCACUCACAUUCACCACUUUUUUUUGUUGUUUCCUCCUCUGAAAGUCACAACUGACAAUGACACAUAAACCUGCUUUAGCAGCUGGCAAAUUAUCAARGUAACAAACUUGUAAGCAUUUCCUCUGCUUUGU